AUGGAUAUUCUCUGUGAAGAAAACACUUCUUUGAGCUCAACUACGAACUCCUUAAUGCAAUUACAUGCUGACACAAGGCUCUACAAUACUGACUUUAACUCCGGAGAAGGUAACACUUCGGAUGCAUUUAACUGGACCGUGGACUCAGAAAAUCGAACCAACCUUUCCUGUGAGGGCUGUCUCUCACCACCCUGCUUCUCCUUACUUCAUCUCCAGGAAAAGAACUGGUCUGCUCUGUUGACAGCGGUAGUGAUUAUACUAACCAUUGCCGGAAACAUACUCGUCAUCAUGGCAGUGUCCCUAGAGAAAAAGCUGCAGAAUGCCACCAACUAUUUCCUGAUGUCACUCGCCAUAGCUGAUAUGCUGCUGGGUUUCCUGGUCAUGCCCGUGUCCAUGUUAACCAUCCUCUAUGGGUACCGGUGGCCUCUGCCCAGCAAGCUGUGCGCUGUUUGGAUUUACCUGGAUGUGCUCUUCUCCACGGCCUCCAUCAUGCAUCUCUGUGCCAUUUCCCUGGACCGCUAUGUUGCCAUUCAGAACCCCAUCCAUCACAGCCGGUUCAACUCCAGAACUAAGGCGUUUCUGAAAAUAAUUGCUGUUUGGACGAUAUCAGUGGGUAUAUCCAUGCCAAUACCAGUCUUUGGGCUCCAGGACGAUUCCAAAGUCUUUAAGGAAGGGAGUUGCUUACUGGCGGAUGAGAACUUUGUCCUGAUUGGCUCUUUCGUGGCCUUUUUCAUUCCCUUAACCAUCAUGGUGAUCACCUACUUUCUCACCAUCAAGUCGCUCCAGAAAGAAGCCACUUUGUGUGUGAGUGAUCCUGGAACACGGACCAAAUUAGCUUCUUUCAGCUUCCUGCCUCAGAGCUCCCUGUCUUCGGAAAAGCUCUUCCAGCGGUCCAUCCACAGGGAGCCAUGCUCCCACGGCCGGAGAACUAUGCAGUCCAUCAGCAACGAGCAGAAGGCUUGCAAGGUGCUGGGCAUCGUCUUCUUCCUGUUUGUGGUGAUGUGGUGCCCCUUCUUCAUCACCAACAUAAUGGCUGUCAUCUGCAAAGAGUCCUGCAACAGGGAUGUCAUCGAAGCCCUGCUCAACGUGUUCGUUUGGAUCGGUUACCUCUCCUCAGCAGUCAACCCACUGGUGUAUACACUGUUCAAUAAGACCUAUAGGUCGGCCUUUUCCAGGUAUAUUCAGUGUCAGUACAAGGAAAAUAAAAAACCAUUGCAGUUAAUUUUAGUGAACACUAUCCCGGCCUUGGCCUACAAGUCCAGUCAACUCCAAAUGGGACCGAAAACGAAUUCGAAGAAAGAUGGCAAGACGACAGAUAAUGACUGCACUAUGGUUGCUCUAGGAAAAGAGCAUUCUGAAGAUGCUCCUGCAGACAGUAGCAACACAGUGAACGAAAAGGUUAGCUGUGUCUGA